AUGGCUGGUGGACAUUACCAUCACUUCGGGAUAAAAACAGGCGUUGUUUCCAAACUUGAAGGCUACCGAAGCGAAGUUGAAAAUAUGACUUACAUUAGUUUACAGAUUAAUAUUGAUGGCUUGCCAAUAUUCAAGAGUUCAGCGGGGCAAUUUUGGCCAAUUUUGGGCAUGGUUGAUAAUUUAUCACAGAAGGAUCCAUUUGAAAUUGGUGUUUACUAUGGGACAUCAAAGCCAACUUGUAAUGUUGCGUACCUCUCCCUUUUUAAAGAUGAGCUGAAUCAACUCUCUGAGACAGGCAUCAAUUGCUUUGGGAUCAAUUUCAGUGUCCGUCUUUCAGCAUUAAUAUGCGAUGCACCUGCUCGAUCAUUUGUAAAGGGUACUAAAGGCCAUAAUGGAUACAAUUCAUGUGAAAGGUGCACUACUUCAGGAACUUGGUGUGGCAGAAUGACAUUCCCGAUUCUUGAUGCUCCACUCAGAGAUGAUGCAAGUUUUGAUGCUCGGGAUGAUGAAGCUCAUCACACAGGUUCUUCCCCAUUAAGUGGUUGUCUGGGAAUGGUUAGCCAGAUACCUCUCGAUUAUAUGCACCUUGUUUGUUUGGGAGUUAAGAGACGUCUGUUAUUGCUGUGGUUGAAGGGUCAAAAAAGCAGCGCAUUGGUGGAGCACAAUCUCGUGAAAUUUCUGGUCUCCUCGAAUCUCUCAGCAGUGAUUUUGUUGAGUAUUUUGGUGAGUUUUUAUGGAAAGGAAUUCUUGGUCUAUAAUGUCCAUUGUCUAAUUCACCUCCCACAAGAUGCGAGGGUGUUUGGCAGUCUUGACAACAUUUCAUGUUUCCCCUUUGAAAAUUUCCUUGGCAAGAUAAAAAAAUUGGUGCGCAAACCCUCUCAGCCACUUCAGCAAGUUGUCCACAGGCUCACUGAAAAAAAGUCAAAGACUUUAGUGCAGGUCACUGAUGAAGGUCCACGAUGCAGAAAAUUGCACAUCUUUGGUCCCAUCCCGAAUGCUAUACUUCAAGGGUAUCAGUACAAAGAAUACAUCUCCCUUGUGGAGUCAUAUCAACAGCCAAAGGAGAUAAUUGCAUGGUGA